UGAUCAUCAUCAUCAUCAUCACCAUGGCAGCCUCGUCCACCAUCAACAACUUCCUCUCCUUCUUCCUGCCAACAAAACCGCCGCAACCGUCACCUCCGCCGCCGCUGCCGCUCCAAUUGAACCCCGCCGCCGCCGCCUCUCAGAGGCAGAAACCCUCGCAGCCACUAGUUGCGCAGUACGACCCUUCCGCUUCGGCGGAGUUAUCCUCUGUGAUAUGCCCCUCUCUGGCGUACGCGAACACGCUGUUCUUCCGGUCGCCGUACAACGUGCAGGUGGUGGUGGCCGAGGACGAGCCCGAGGAGCGCCUGCUCAACAGGUUCCGCAGAGAGGUGCUCAAGGCUGGCGUCAUUCAGGAGUGUAGGAGGCGAAGGUACUUCGAGAACAAGCAGGAAGAGAAGAAGCGCAAGACGCGUGAAGCUGCCAAGCGUAACCGCAGAAGGAGGCCUAUGCUAAAAACUUUGGCACAGAAAAAGCAGGAUGUCCCUGCAACCAAGAGGGAGGAGGAUGAGGAUAACUGGGAUCUUCCUGAAGGAGACACCCUGUAUUAACCCUUUGGUUCCCGAAGUUCUGUAGGUUUCUUUGAGUUCCCUGCAUGUAAGUUUUGUUAAGCAAAUGUGUUCCUUACUUGGUGUAUGUUGAACUGUGUUUUCUUUUAUUAGUAAGAAAAUAAUGUUGAACUCUGUUUAACUCAAUACAAUGUAAUUUGUCUGUCUGUACAUUAAAAUUUUGUUAUGCCCUUGAUUCUCUGAAUUCUUGCAUCAA